CAGCAUUAUCUAGCCCAGAUCUUCCCUCUACGGCACGGAGUUGUUGUUUGUCGCAUGCGAAACUAUGUUAGCCGCCAGGCAUCUUCUACGCCUUUUACUCGGCGUAUUUGUGAUACCUUCGCUGGAAACUGACGACUGUCCACCAAUCACUCAGGGUAAAGGCUCACCCAUCUACCCUCAGGCAACAAGAGGAGAAAGUACCACGAUGUAUCGUGUGUUCCACACAGAGAGUGAUGUAAUGGAGCUGAAUAUCACCUGGACCAGGCUUCCAUCCCCCCUUGAUCACUCUAUCAGCAACUUCUCUAACCACACGGUGUUCUCAAACAGUUCACUGAACGCCUCUCUCACAAUGAGGGACCUAAAAGUCUAUCCCGACUACGGAAACUAUAAUGUCCGAGUGUGCAGCAACUGUACUUGUGCGAAUACUACGUUUAUCUUGUACCUAUUCAAUUGUGUGCCAGAAAACUUGCCUCAACCAGUUCAAAAGUAUCAGAGAACAGUCAUUGCUGAAACUGCACUUGAAGCUACUCAAUGGCUGUAUACGGCAUUCGUGGGACCGCCAGGACGUUUCUAUUAUUCUACAACGUGGAGUCACGGGAGUAAAGACGUAUGCGAUGAGGACGAUCCCAAUAAAUCACACUCUUUCAACUGCACUCGAACAGCCCUACGGAAACUGUUCAUUCACUGCAAAUCUGUACAUUCGCAAUCCUACGUAUAAGGAUUCGGGCAACUACACUGUGGAGGCAGUGGGAACGGGCAACUCAAGUUGUGCCAUGUAUGAACUAGACAUUGUCAGAAAACCAAGUAUCAUCUGCACUCAACAUAGCAUAGUUCCCGGGGACAAAAUAGACUGCACCAUUCAUAACUACUCGGCGUUCAUAGACGUGGUGGUAGUAAAAAAUGAUGUGACGGAGUUUGAAAAGUAUCCUGCUAGUGAGAAGUGCAGGCCUAUAGUUCUUAAUCAAGUAACUGCCAAGUGUAGUAUCAAGUUUGAGGACUUAGGUCGUUUCAGUGUCUGCGUGAACUAUAGUAGCUCAGUGAUCACCAAUGAAACCCUCCAUCAGUGCACCGGUCACAUCCACGUGGAGACCUUCUUCGCCAAACACGAAUUAUGGAUUGUUCUUGGGAUAGUAGCAGCACUGUUUCUGAUUUUGGUGAUGGUGUUUUUCGGUUGCUGUAUCUGCUGCUGUAUCCGCUAUAUCAAAAGAAGGAAAGAUAAAAACAAAUCAGCUGAACGUGCUCCACUUUUACAUCCCAAUCCAGAUACUCAAGGAGAGGAUGUUUUCAGAGAUGCUCCCAAUCAAAGCUCCCGCUCUCUCCCAGCUUCUACCACGACUGCCUCAAGAUCUUCAAGACAGCACAUUUCAGGUCAUAGCUCCCCUACAAUAAUGGGGCAUCAACGCUCAGUACUACAUCAAACACAUCACGAAAGAAAAAGGUUUUGGUAAUCUACCCAAAGAAAUCCAGGGGAGUAUGAACAGAUAAAGCCACCAGAUAAUAUGACAGCCUCACAGAAAGAAGCUUACGAACGUGAAGUCGCUGCCCAUGAGGGUGACCAGGAGAAACGUAUCAAAUUACACGAAGAGAGGGUGGAGAGGUUUGCGGGAUUCCUUCAAUCACAUGACAUUGCCGUAGCGUAUGAGAAACAGCUGGACGAUAAACACGUACUCUCUAAACCAAAAUGGCUGAUAGAAAACGUUGAGAAUUCUGACUUUGUAGUUCUAGUGAUAACCCCUUCCCUCAACCAACUCCUAAAAAAAGAAGAUAUACCGAAAACGAAACCUUUUUCAAGGGAGAGACCCUGUCUAAUAUGAUUCACGGAUAUGCAAAAAAGUCCGAUGGGAGUCGAUUCAAGUUUGUUGGUGUGUUUCUACACACUCCAAAAUGCCAGAAACACAUUCCACCUGAAUAGCUGCGUCAAAUUCAUACGCAGUGUUUGAGCCGUUUGACCUGAAGGGAUGGUCGUAGAGACAAUCUUGCCGCAUUUAUAUCACUGGUGACAAAGGCAUGACUGAUGGCAGUUAUUUUUUGAUCAACAUUUGUAAGCAUCUUUUGCUGUAAUAUUUAAGUUUGUGUUACAUAUUUUUCUGGUGUGUAAAUGAUGCUCUACAUAAUUCUAAAUGGAGCUCACCCACCCCAGUUACUCUGUUGUUCUAUUUUAGUGUAUAUACGAUUUCUGUGGGUAAAACCC